GCGGAGGGCCGCCGUGGCGUCGGGCCCCCGGCCGAGCUGGGGGUUGGGGCUCCGAGGCCGAGGAGCCCGCGGCCGUGGGCGAGCGUCCGUGUGGCCUGGUCCGGGCCAUGUCCGCGUGAGGACGCCGCCGCCCCCCGCGUCCCGGCCCCGGCCCGGCCCGGCCCGCCGCGCACCAUGGGCUCCAUCCUCAGCCGCCGCAUCGCGGGCGUGGAGGACAUCGAUAUCCAGGCCAACUCGGCCUAUCGCUAUCCCCCGAAGUCCGGAAACUACUUUGCCUCGCACUUUUUCAUGGGAGGCGAGAAAUUUGACACUCCCCACCCUGAAGGUUACCUCUUUGGAGAAAACAUGGAUCUGAAUUUCCUGGGCAAUCGUCCAGUACAGUUUCCGUACGUCACCCCCGCCCCGCAUGAGCCUGUGAAGACACUUAGGAGCCUGGUGAACAUCCGAAAAGACUCCCUGCGGCUUGUAAGGUACAAAGAUGGUGCCGACAGCCCCUCCGAGGACAGCGAGAAGCCCCGCGUCCUCUACAGCCUGGAGUUCACCUUUGAUGCCGACGCCCGGGUGGCCAUCACCAUAUACUGCCAGGCGGCGGAGGAGUUCCUAAACGGGACGGCCGUGUACAGCCCCAGGAGCCCCGCCCUGCAGUCCGAGACCGUCCACUACAAGAGAGGGGUGAGCCAGCAGUUCUCUCUGCCCUCCUUCAAGAUUGACUUCUCCGAGUGGAAAGAUGACGAGUUGAACUUUGACCUGGACCGAGGUGUGUUUCCAGUGGUCAUCCAGGCCGUGGUGGAUGAAGGAGACGUUGUGGAAGUGACUGGCCACGCCCACGUGCUCUUGGCCGCCUUUGAAAAGCACGUCGAUGGCAGCUUCUCUGUGAAACCUUUAAAGCAGAAGCAAAUUGUGGACCGGGUCAGCUACCUGCUGCAGGAGAUCUACGGCAUCGAGAACAAGAACAACCAGGAGACCAAGCCCUCGGACGAGGAGAAUAGCGACAACAGCAACGAGUGUGUGGUGUGCCUGUCGGACCUGCGGGACACGCUGAUCCUGCCCUGCCGGCACCUCUGCCUGUGUAACUCGUGUGCGGACACGCUGCGCUACCAGGCCAGCAACUGCCCCAUCUGCCGGCUGCCUUUCCGGGCCCUUCUGCAGAUCCGGGCAGUGAGGAAGAAGCCGGGAGCCCUGUCCCCCGUCUCCUUCAGCCCUGUCCUGGCCCAGAGCAUGGACCACGAUGAGCAUUCAUGUCCCUUUAAAAAAUCAAAGGCGCACCCCGCCUCACUGGCCAGCAAGAAACCUAAAAGGGAAACAAGUUCUGACAGCGUCCCACCUGGCUACGAGCCCAUCUCCCUGCUGGAGGCGCUCAACGGCCUUCGGGCCAUCUCCCCAGCCAUCCCGUCAGCCCCCCUCUAUGAGGAGAUCACCUACUCAGGCGUCUCGGAUGGCCUGUCCCAGGCCAGUUGUCCACUUGCUGGGAUCGAUCGAAUCCUGGAAAGCAGCCACCAGAAGGGCAAGCCGAGGAGCAGAUCCCCUGACAGCACCCUGCGGUCUCCGUCGUCCCCCAUCCAUGAAGAGGAUGAAGAGAAGCUGUCCCAGGACUCGGAUGCCCCUCCCCCGCUGAGUGGGGCGGGCCUGGCGCUCAGCAGCUCCCCCGAGAGCUUCGUAACGGAGGAGGCGGACGAGGCAGCGGCAUUAAAGCAAGGGAGCCGAGUGCCGUCCAUCGAGAAUGUCCUACAGGACGGCAGCCCUGAGCCCUGCAGCCAUGGCCAGCCCCGCCUGCCAGCUGAUAUCUACCUGCCAGCCCUGGGGCCUGACUCCUGCUCUGUUGGUAUAGAGGAGUAAGCUGGAUGGUCCACCUCCAUGGAGCUGCCCCACAGCCUCCGUACCACUGGCCCACCCCGGCCUGUGCUUGGUGGCCCCAGUCCUGACCCUGGGGCCACUGAGCUGACCCCACUCUGAGAGCCUGGCCAGGCUGGCGGCGUGGAGCGCCUAGCUCCCCAGACUCUGCUGAGGGGCCACCAGAUUCCAACGUGACCCCUGGCCUCUCCAGUCUUGCACGCUCUGCGUGGCCACUGGCUCCAAGGGGCCAUCCGACCCUUGAUUGAAGAGCACCUUGGACGGUCUCCUCUGACAAAUUCCUUUUUCUACAGUCGAUGUAUUUGUAAAUGGUACAAGAUGAAGGACAGCAGCUUUCUGUUCUGGGGUCUCCCCUGCCCGCCCCGUUGGCUGAGUGGCCGGGCCUGGGGGCUGACCACCCACCUGCAGCCUGGAUCAGCUUCUCCGAGCACCCCAGCUGUUGGGGCCCUGACAUCCCAAGAACUCAACCCAAAUUCUCAGAAGAAAAGUGUAUUGGUGGGUGAGGAGUUAUCCUCCCGGGAGAUGUCACAGGGGCCUUGUUGCUGGAAGACGGAAGGAAGUGGGGGCUGAGUCACACUCAGUGAAGGAAACAGUGCCUGUCCCCAACCCCCUGCGCGCGCCUGUGUCCUUGGCAGCCUGUCUGUGCCCUCUGCUGCUGCUUCCCCUUCCCAGGCCAGUCGGGGGCGGGGCUGCCCCCCAAACUCCCCCACCCCCCGACCCAGGGGCACAGGCGCUGAACACAGGCCGUCUGCCGCCGUCGGUGGCAGAGCGCCCGACCCUCUCUUUCCCGCACCUUCUCUGAAGCGGCAGUGCCCACGUGGCAGGUCCCUCUGCUGGGCUAGUGCCCCAGGGAGGGAUCUGAGCAGUCCCCGCUCCCUCUUUACCCCUGGAACGUUACUUGGUUUCUCUUUGACCUAGCCUGUCUGGGGUCCCCUUGGUGGACCUGCCUGGGGGAGGCACAUGGCACAUCCCAUCUGAGGUGACCUCGCUUUUGUUUUUAAAGCAAAACUUCUUGGGCAACAGACAGGUGAAGGGGGCAGCCAGCCUGGCGCAGCGGGUGAGCAGCUGCCCCGCAGGGACCUUGGCCGGGUGGUUGGGGCUGCACAGCUCCCUGGGGCGGGGAUGCAGAGGGCCACUUCCUCAGGAGCCUCCCUGGGAAGGACAGGUUUGGGGCAGCCAGCAGUCCGCGGGGUCCUGUGCCCCGCCCCAGCACCCUCCCUGUGGCUCGUCCGGCUGGGUGCCAGGGAGAAACCAGCAGGAGAGGACUCGUCUUCUCUCCAGGGGAGCCUGGGAGCAGAGCGCUGCCUACCCGCAGCUCUCCGGGCUCAGGCCAGCUCUUCCCCACCACUCGUACCCCACCUCCCCGCCUGCGUAUAUGCUGGGGGCACACGCCCGAGUGCACGCCCCAAGUGCAGGCCCAUGCGUGGGCUGACCGUGCCCGCGCCCCCCCCCCCCAGCUCCUCCCCCGCCAACCCCGGCCUCUCGCCCUUGGUAUUGGUGCCGGUAAUCUGUUUGAAGGCCGGGAUGCAGACUGGCCCGUCUUGGACUACAUGUGCUAUCAUUUGACGUACUCUGAUUGGCUAGUUUUUGUUCGUUUUUACUGUAUAUUUAUAGUAAUAAAAUCCUGCAGCAAUA